UCGGACAAGCUUGAAAGCCCCGACUAUAAUCUCACCUGUUGCUGCCGCGGUUCAUGACUUUAUCUUAAGCGGUUUGAUCAGUCGACGAUGGACUUUUGAUGGGAGUGCAACUUUUAUAAUCGGUAGAUCAUUACAACGAUUAGAAAUUCAGCAGGUGAACAUUAUGGAAUCCAAACAAAAUUCCUGGUGUGGACGCGGCGACAAGCCACGCGAGUUUGCUAAGCACCAGCCUAUCAUAUGUUAUGACAAGCCGGCGGCCUCCGUUGUUUCCAAAGAUGAAUACGAUAAUAAGCGCUUCCAAGCGUUGACUGGCGAGCUGGUAGAGACACUGGUGGUGCCCAAGCGUGAAGCACGCACCUGGACCAUGCAAACAGGUGAUCUCUGCCGUAUUACAGUGCACGAGGGCGCACAGGUGGGUGAUGUCAACUUCUGGAACUUGGACAAUCGCCAGGAACGUUUCUACUCGGGCAAGACGCGCCAACUGCACGCAUCCCAUCUGAAGGUAUAUGACAGAUUGUGGAGCUGUCUACCUUACCUUCGCCCCAUGGCAACCUUCGUGUUCGACACCCUGGCCAAAUAUGGCAUCGAUGAGGACGGCGGUGCAUUGCACGAUGUUAUCGGCACACGCUGUGACGACUACACCUACAAGCUGAUCACCGGGCAAGAGCGUGUGGGCAGCUGUCACAGCUCCCUCGUCAAAGCUGUAGUAGAGGAGCGCGGCAUGACCGAGCAGGAUGUACAUGAUGUAUGGAAUAUUUUUAUGUGCACUGGCUUCACCAAAGAUACCCACCAGUAUUUCUGUAAGCCCAGUCCCGCUCAGAAAGGCGAUUUCAUUGAGUUUAUAGCCGAUAUGAAUCUAUUGGUGGCACUCAGUGCGUGCCCUCAAGGUGACGUCUCCAUUCCGGUGGGUACCCAAGUGCCCGAUGAGAAAUGUCACCCAUUAAAGGUUGAGAUAUUUCGCAAAAAGUAAUUAAAAAUAUAAUUGAAUAUAUGAAAUAAUAAAAUAUGAUGAAAUCAAGUUCUUAUAAACUGG